AUGGCGAUGGCGGUGGAGACGGUAGUGAUGGGGGGGGCGGUGGGGGAGGCGGCGGUGGAGGCGGCGGUGAAGGGGGUGGAGGCGGCAGUGGUGGAGGCGGUGAAGAUGGCAGCGGUGGUGGAGGUGGCGAUGGCAAAAGCGGUGGUGGCGGAGGUGGUGGAGGUGGGAGUGGUGGCGGUGGUGGAGGUGGCGGAGGUGGUGGUGGUGGGAGUGGUGGCGGUGGUGGAGGUGGCGGAGGAGGCUCUCCUGGUGGAGGCUGCGAGGGGGGAUCCGCCUGCAAGGGGGGCAGCGGCAAUGCAGGCGAAAAUGGAAGCCCGACCGGAUCGGGAGGCUGAUGUGGAGAGGGAGCGCGGGGCAAUGCCGGUGCCGGGCAGGGACGGUGGCGGCGGCGCCGGUACGGAGAGCAGUGAUGGUGGCGGUAGCAUCGGUGCCGAAGGGAGGGACGGUGGCGGCGGCGCCGGUACGGAGGGCAGGGACGGUGGCAGCGGCGCUGGUACGGAGGGCAGGGACGGUGGCGACAGCAUCGGUGCCGAAGGGAGGGACGGUGGCGGCGGCGCCGGUACGGAGGGCAGGGACGGUGGCGGCGGCGCCGGUACGGAGGGCAGUGACGGUGGCGGCGGCGCCGGUACGGAGGGCAGUGAUGGUGGCGACAGCAUCGGUGCCGAAGGGAGGGACGGUGGCGGCGGCGCCGGUACGGAGGGCAGGGACGGUGGCGGCGGCGCCGGUACGGAGGGCAGGGACGGUGGCAGCGGCGCCGGUACGGAGGGCAGUGAUGGUGGCGACAGCAUCGGUGCCGAAGGGAGGGACGGUGGCGGCGGCGCCGGUACGGAGGGCAGGGACGGUGGCGGCGGCGCCGGUACGGAGGGCAGGGACGGUGGCGGCGGCGCCGGUACGGAGGGCAGUGAUGGUGGCGGCGGCGCCGGUACGGAGGGCAGUGAUGGUGGCGGUAGCAUCGGUCCCGAAGGGAGGGCCGGUGGCGGCGGCACUGGUGCCAACGGCAGGGCCGGUGGCGGCGGCGCCGAGGGAAGGGCCGGUGUGCGCGGUGACAACAGCAUGGGCGAUUCUGCCGGCGGCAGCGGCAGCGGCACUACUGGUGCCGAGGGCAAGGGCGGUGGCUGCAGUAUGGGCAUAAAUGGGCCUGGACCUUCCAAGGGUGGCGGGGACGCGUUCGUUGGACCUACCGGCUGCGUGGCUGAACCAUCAUCCGGCACGGAAGGGGGCUCAUUCGGAGCAGGGGAGAACUGCGGCCAGCUCGGCACCGGCAGCGCUGGAUGCAGCGGUGGAAGCGGUAGCUUGGGUGGCCAGUUCGACUGCGUGCUCGCACCCGACACUGCCGUACUUAGCGAGGCUGGCCCCGCCCCAGCAGCAGCAGCAGCCGCGGAGACCCAAGCCGCAAGCAGCAUCGUGAACAAGUACAAGGGUCCCUGGACCCAAGAGCCCGCGCUUAAUACUCUUGCCAGGUUGCUGCAGCUGGGGGUACCGCAAUUGUUGGCUGCGGGGCUGCCAGCGUCGCCGUGGGGCAUAGGUGGCUUUUCGUGGACGCCACCGUUCGGCCAAACCCGGCAGCAGGCCUUCACAUGGCGAUCAGCCUCGUGA